AUGGAGCAAAUCAACUCCGACAACAUCAACAAUGUUCUUCUUUACGAUCAAAUAAUCUCCAACACCAAACGCGAUCACCCGGUCCCAUCUUGGCCGGAAUUCAUAAUCGGUAUCCACUUCUAUCUGCAACCGAUCUCGCAAUUGUACGUUGUAAACGUAGAUUCGGGGGAGGCGGAGUUAACCGGGAGUUACCCUUUCCCUACCGUGGAAGAUCAAGUCUUCCUGAAUCUGCGCGAUUUCUUACACCACCGGAGGGCGCGCGACAUCAUCAGAGAGAAACUCACCCAAUCGUUCAUGUUCGUGAUCGGGGAUGAACUCCUGCAUGAGUGGAUCGGGUCGGUGCUCCGGAAGACGAGGGCGAUUAUCAGGUCCAUGCCGGCCGAGCACAACAUCGUGUUGGUUAUGUCCCCGGCUAGGUUUAGCUGCCGGUCCGUGUACGAUCCCAGGUUGGCGGCGGUGGAACAAUAUUACGAGAAUAUUAAUUAUAUGGUUCCUGCGGCGGAGGAGUGGAUUGAUCGGGUCUUGGUGAAGAAGGCGGUGACGGGAUAUUCUUGCGACGACGAUUUCGGGACUUGUACGGUUUGCUUGGAGGGAUUUUCCAACGAAGCUUAUUCGAUGCCGUGCGAGCAUUAUUUUCACGGAGAUUGCAUCCGGGAGUGGCUGAGGACUAGCCACUACUGCCCCGUUUGCCGUUACAAGGUUCCGACGACCACGACCACGACGAUAGAGAUUUUGUAUUGA